AGCGUCUUCAUUUUGCCUGAUUAAUUUCCGCAGCUUUAAUCAGAUUCACUCCGCUGCCACCCGGUCCAGAGAAAAUGCACAGCAAUCCUGUGAGCGUUUUGCUCAGGAGUCAACCCCACUCUGUUCAGUGGGCUUCCUCUCAGACAAACGCAUGGGACUGAGAAAGAGAACAAGGAUUCACAGCAGUGCAAAUCUUCCAUGGGUUUCAUCCCCUUUCCUGAUGGCUACCUACUCAAAAUGGGGACUGUUUGUUAAUCUCCAUGGCCCUGGAUAAUACAGCGGGAGAGGAACAUUCAUUGGAGUCUUUUUUAAGAAAAAGGAGAACUUAUUUGCCUGUCAAUCGAAAAUCUAUACCUACAUGAGCCCUAACAAACCUCCUGUGACUCGACCUCCACUUCAAGAGGAAAACUGUGCGAGGCAUCAUGAAGCAAAAUGCCAGGGCAAAAUGAUGAAUGACGCUCGCAGAAAAGGAGACGGUAGACGAAACCUUGGUCAUGCCGGUCGAGCUGUUGUGAAAUUCAAGUGUCCGGAAGUGGAGAGCAGCCAUGAAUCCCAGCCGUCUUCCUCCAAGCAAAAGCCAGAAACCGAAGAAGCUCCUCCACUUCUGUCUUCCAAGUCUGCUGAUGCCGUGAAUGAAACACAAACUCAGAAAAAGGGAACCAAGGCAAAGCCUAGCCCCAGGAGAAAAGUCCAAGGGAAAACGCAACAGAACCGAAAGGUUACAGACUAUUUUCCUGUUAGAAGAAGCUCCCGGAAGAGCAAAAAGGAGUUGCAGAUUGAAGAGAAGAAAAAGAUAGACGAGUUAAUAGAAAGUGGGAAAGAAGAUGGCAUGAAGAUCGACUUCAUUGAUGGCAAAGGGCGAGGUGUGAUUGCUACAAAGCCAUUUCAUCGGGGUGAUUUUGUGGUUGAAUAUCACGGGGAUCUCAUUGAGAUCACGGACGCUAAGAAACGAGAAGCUACUUAUGCCCAGGACCCAACGACAGGCUGCUACAUGUACUACUUUCAAUACCUUACUAAAACAUACUGUGUUGAUGCCACAAAAGAAACCAGUCGUCUUGGGAGGCUGAUCAAUCACAGCAAAUGUGGCAACUGUCAGACAAAACUCCACGACAUCAAUGGCGUCCCGCACCUCAUCUUGGUCGCCUCCCGUGACAUCAAAGCGGGCGAAGAACUCUUGUACGAUUAUGGAGAUCGGAGCAAAGCAUCUCUGGAAGCUCAUCCAUGGCUGAAACACUAGCUGUUCUUCCUCUCUAGAUGGGACUUUUUUUUUUCUUGAAAGCGGACUUGAUAGCCUUGUUUACAACUCUCAUGGUAAAUCACUUCCAAACGUCUGCGCCUUCCUGAUGAUUUGAAGCUCCUGUUACAGGCUUGCAUGCUUUCCUUGAGUAGACCAAGAACCAAAUUCUUGAAUGAUGCUAUUUGGUAGUUUGGCCUGGACUCCCAGCCCUUCUAUCCAUUGGCAUAGAGAGAGAUGGAUUUCUUAGGGCUUCCUGAUUAUGUCCCUUUGGGACUUUUGUAAGAUAGAGCUGCUUUUGAAGCAUGUCCACUCUGGGGGUGGGGAAAGGGAGUGUGUGUCACUCUUUUGCUCCUUUGAGGAGCAGAGGGUGGAAAUGAUAAUGCAAAUUGUCCUGGAAAGGGUGGACGUUAAGCAUCUCAAUGCAGUCUGUAAAUAUUUAGCUGGGAGGAGCUUGCUUCCAGAGCUUGGGAUUACUUUUCUGGACUGCAGCUCCCAGAAUUCCCUGGCUUGCAUGCCCAGAAUCUUGGGGUUUCUGGGAGGCGUAGUCAGAACCCCAUGCUUGAGCCAUGCCUGUUCUCCCUUCUUACCCCUUCCUUCAGUCUUUUAGCUGGCUUUCAUUGGGCUCUAGGGUUUUUUGAGCCUUUCUAGUCUUCCUUAGGAUCCUCAGAAUUUGCAUUUGGACAUUGGGGCUCGCUAUUCCAUGUGCAUCAAAUCCUUAAUACAGCUGGAAAAGGUUAUCUUGGGUCAAAAGCUAUCUGGUUGGUAACUAGAGAAGCUGAUGGCAAUAUGUCCCCAACUCUUUGGAUAUAAUAGAUCCAAAGCAUCAAAGCACUGAUACGGCAACUGCUGCUUCCUGAGGCCUCCGUCUGUCCAGAGGAAGAAAACUGGAAGUUGCCUCUGCAUUGCCUGAUUUCUGCAUUUCUUCCCUUGAUGGUCUUGAAUCUGGGACCAGUGAGCUGGAAUUGUGCCCUGAUUUUGCAAAGCCAUCACUCACAGAAAGUUGCCCUGAAGUUCUAGGCCAGUGGUUCUCAACCUGUGGGUCUCUAGAUGUUUUGGCCUUCAACUCCUAGAAAUCCUAAGAGCUGGUAAACUUGCUGGGAUUUCUGGGAAUUGUAGGUCAAAACACCUGGGGACCCCCAGGUUGAGAACUACUGCUCUACGCCAUAAUGGGAAGAGGGAUUGUUGAGUGGCUCUUCUGCCUAUAAUACCUGUGCUUCCACCAUUUUGUGAGUUAGACCCGUAGGACUGUCCUCCUCCAAAGUACAGACCGCAAUAAAUGUGCUGGGUUUGGGGAGGGGGGGCAGAAUUGGGAGGGAAAGAUGAUCGGCACAACCGUGGGUGUGAUUUCAGCUUGGGAUUCUUCCUUUGGGAGAACUAUAUCUCCCAGAAUCCCCCAAGCUUGAGUGUGUGUACUCAGGCUGCUUUCUUUUGUGAAAGGGCCACUGCUUCCUUGGAUGGAGCCUUCUUUGGUGUGUGUGUGUGUGUGCCUUCCUCUCUGCUCCCAUCCUUUUUUUAAAAGCAAAAUAUGAGAUGUGAAUUCUACUAUUGAAGUUGCUGGAUCUUUUUUAAAACGAUAAGUGGCAUUUGAUCUGUAUCGAAAUGUGAAGCUGAACUGUUGAAUGAGGAGUUGUGCUUUUGUCGAUUGUUCUUCCUGCUCGCCAAUGGAAAACGGGGUGGGGUGGCGAAAUAACAUGAAAACACAGGGCUUGGGAAUAAGGCGCUUUUUUAUAGAAUCCCUGGCUGCCUUUGGAGGUGGCUUUUGUACAUAGGGUCUUUUUUAGGAGCAAAAUUUCUAGGUGAAAACUUGGCUUUGCCUGCAUGGCUGAGUCCUGCUGCAAAACCAAGAUUAUUUAUUUACUCUGGCGGACAGAGCCGCAGCGCAGGAUUCAUAACCUGCUCCCUCCGUGUCUUGUUGCGCAUGCGGUUUCUGACAGCAUGAGUAGAAUCAGUAAGAGUCUUGCCUGAGAAAACGGGACUUUGUCUCGGUCGUCUUCCCUCAAAGUCUUCCCCAAGUAUAAACCCUUGGAAGAUACUGUGUUCCAUCGAAGGCCUUGCUUUUCAUCCAUAGCAGAUGAAGGGAAUCCAGAAUAGGGGCAGUAGCUUAGGUCCUUAUUCUUGAUUUGUUUUUUUCUUCCAAAGAUCAGAGAUUUGGCGAUCUUCCUUCUUUGGACGACAACUCCCAGGAUGCUCAGCCCCACGUUGACAGUGGGAUUCUGGGACUUGUAGUCCUACAAAGGAAUUUGGGCAACUCUGCUCAAGAUCACUUUUCUACCUAAGGUUUGAAGAUCUUUUCCAAAGGUUCAGAGUCUUCCUGGGUGCACGCUUGAGCAGCAAUGUGGGGAAAGGUCGGGUGGGGGUGGGGGUGGGGGAUACAGGGACAGGGCUCAGUAAUGUAUUUUUCGAAGAAAAAUAAACCUUGAAGAGAACAUUUCUGUGUGCAAGAUAAUAAAUAAAAUGAGAUAUUUAUUAAA